UUCGGGAGCCAGAAUCGUACCGAGAGCAUCGAGGGUGCGGUUUAAUUUUUCUUCCCACGCUUUUCUUUUCGGUCGGUCGAGUAAAACGCACGCUUUCGUCUGUUUUUCUCACCUUUACGAUCGCGCGUACUACGAGGUGUUAACGAGUUACAUCGGCCUCACCUCGACGAAGUUUCUCUUCGAUAUAUACGUCGGAGCAGUGUACGUCGCACGAAGGUCGCCUGGCACGCGCUGCUACAAUUUCUGCUCCCGGGUAGUGGGGGGAUUCGGAUCCGUGAUAUGACCUUAGUGGGGCCCAAGGAGGAGAGCAUUCUGCCCAUCAUGCUAAGUGUGCAGCAGCAGCAUCACCACCACGGUCUUCACGCCACUUCGAGCGCGCAGACCCAUCGCGGCAACGUGAUCGUCUCCACCAACAGUAUGCCAACCAACAGCAGUACUCUACAACACGGAUGCAAGCGAUCCAAGCUCUACGGCCAAGCAACUGGGCCUUAUGGCACAGUGCCGCAUCAGCCCGCCUCGGUAGCUAGGCGAAAUGCGCGUGAGCGUAACAGGGUGAAACAGGUGAACAACGGGUUUGCCACUCUGAGACAACACAUACCACAGACAGUGGCGCAGGCACUGGGAAGUAGUACUGCUGGGACUCAUGGAGGGUCCAGAGCUGGCAGCAAGAAAUUGUCCAAAGUGGAGACCUUGAGGAUGGCGGUGGAAUAUAUUAGGAGUCUUCAACGUCUUCUGGAAGAGCACGACGGUGGCUCUGAGUCCAGUGAGUCCUCGCCCACUUCUUCAACGUCCUCCAACUCGCCCGAAAACGACUCUAAUCAUUCGGCGGAACUAAGACUACGAGGUAGCAUCACCGGGGAGAUUCGGCAUCAUGGCAGUCCACAUGGAUCUGAUCUCCGACAUCAACACCUCAGGCAGAACCCAAGUCCGACGACUUUUGUUCCGACGACAUGCUCGGAGGCAUCGAGCUCACCAACGCCAAGCUUCGUCUCCGAAACCUCGUCGGCCGGAAGUCAAGGUUAUGGCACGCCUGGCACGCUUUACACGACGCAUUCCGACAGUUACGACAAUUACGAGCCGAUGAGUCCGGAGGACGAGGAGUUGCUAGACGUCAUCUCCUGGUGGCAGCAGAGUCAGUGAGGAUGUCGAUGUCAGUUCCGCUGGGCCUCUGCGUCCUUCUAAAGCAAUGACCAAAUGCAAAGGCACGCGUAGGUCAAAAACGAUGCAAACAGGGGAAAUAAAGGUAAACGAAGAAAGCGGCUGUUGCAUUAACUAUAAUCUAGUCAUAUUACUUUACACUUUGCCGUCUAACCUACGUAUAACACGUAAUUAUCCUUUUCUAUUUUAAUGCAAGAGAAAUUUUGAAAAUAUUAUCUCUAAAAUUAUGUGUCGUAUUGAUAUAGAACAAUUUUGAAGCGUACAAUUAGAAGUGAUAUUUCGAAAGUACAUGACAAAUGCAUUGCAAUUUCUAAUUAUGUUAUCUUUCUAUUUCGUAAUUUAUUACGGCAAAGACAUUUUCUCGUAUUUCAUCAUCCAAAAGUAAAUAUAAGGUAGGGCGCGCCUACAUAAUUAUUUAUUCAGGAUGGCUCACCCAUUUUAACGUCCUCAAAUUAUUUUUUAUCGCGGUAAAAAAUAUUUUAAGCAUAACAUUAAAUAUGCUCAUAAAAAGUAUGUUCAAAGAAAUGUCCGAAUGCAUUCAGUUUUUAUUUAAUCUUAAUAUUCUUACAUACGAAAUAUGAAAUGUCGACUUGUACAAAAAGUCACAUGAUUUCAUUUAAUAGCUGGAAGCGAUUCCAUAGAACUAAAUUUAUAAUAUGAGAUGUUUC